UUCAGUAUUAACUAUUUCAAUACACUUAUUGAUUUGACCUGGCUAGUUGCUAGGUAAUAGGUAAACUUAAAUCCAAUAUGGCUGCCAGGUGUUACUGAAACUACCUUACACUUGGAUUACUUGGAGGAUAUCACAAUAUACUGUCAUUGGAUUUAGAAGCAAUUUGACCAGGAGUUGCUUGAUAUAUAACAGGGCAAUAUGGCAGAGGAAAGUGUCAAAGUUGCUGUAAGGGUGCGCCCUUUCAAUAAACGUGAAAGACAGCGCAAUGCUAAGCUGAUCAUUGACAUGAAGGGGCCCAAUAGUUAUAUCCAAGAUCCCGAAAAUCCCAAUGAAGAACCAAGGUCAUUCGCUUUUGACUACAGCUACUGGUCUCACGAUGGCUGUAAAGAUGAUGGCAAUGGUUAUUAUGGAAAGGAUACUAGUCACCCAAAUGGGAAAAAAUUUGCAGAUCAGAGGACAGUGUAUGAUGACCUUGGAAAAGGAGUGCUAAAGAAUGCCUGGGAAGGUUUCAAUUCUACUCUCUUUGCUUACGGACAAACUGGUUCUGGGAAGAGUUGGUCCAUGGUUGGAUAUGGAGUUAACAAAGGUAUUGUGCCACUAUUCUGUGAUGAAAUCUUCCAAGGAAUAGAUAAAAAGAAAGCAGAUGGGGAAGCACUCGAAUUUGAGGUUGAAUUCAGUAUGUUGGAGAUCUAUAAUGAACAGGUCAGGGAUCUGCUUAACCCUAAAUCAAGCAAGAGAGGAGGCCUUAAAGUCAGACAGCAUCCUAAAAAAGGAUUUUAUGCGGAUGGUUUAACAUUUGCACCAGUGAACAGUUACAAACAGAUAGAGGAACAGAUGGAAGAAGGGACAACAAACAGAACUGUUGCUGCGACUAAUAUGAAUGCAACAAGCAGUCGUGCUCACACAAUCGUAGGAAUCAAGUUCGUCCAAAAGUAUAAAAAUGCUGCUGGUGAAGACACCUCAAAAACUGCCAUAUGUAACCUGGUAGAUUUAGCUGGUAGUGAACGAGCAGACAGUACAGGUGCCACAGGGGAUCGACUUAAAGAGGGCGCUGCUAUAAAUCAGUCACUCUCGUCCCUGGGGAAUGUAAUUUCAGCCCUCGCUGAUAAGGCUAAUGGUAAAAAUGUCAGGGUUCCGUUCCGUGAUUCCGUCUUAACAAAGUUGUUGAAGAAUGCUUUAGGAGGAAACAGUAAAACCGUCAUGAUUGCUGCUGUCAGUCCUGCUGACAUUAACUAUGAUGAGUCCCUCUCCACACUCAGAUAUGCUGACCGUGCAAAACAGAUCAAAACCUCAGUAAAGGUAAAUGAAGAUCCAACUGAGAAGCUGAUUCGUGAGUUGAAUGAGGAGAAUGAGAGGCUUAAGCAGAUGCUGGCCAGUGGAGGAAUUGACAUGAGCAAGGCUAGUGAUGUAGGGGAUGAGGAUACAACUGGUAUGAGUGAUGAAGAGAUCGCUGCUCUAAAAAAAGAAAUGGAGGAAGAUUUCAAAGCUCAGAUGAGUGAGAAUGCCAAUGAGAUGGAAGAGAUGAAAAAGUCAUAUGAAGAGAAGCUAAAGGCUUUCCAAGAAGGCCAUGUUCCUGUCGUGAGUGAAACAAAUGAGAAAAAGAAAACUACUCCACAUAUCUACAACUUGAACUUUGACCCCCAGCUGAGUGGAAGAAUCGUGUACUUCACUGAGUUACCAGAAAAUAAGAUAGGAAGCAAGAAGGGAGAUCCUUCUGAUAUUGUGCUUGCUGGGCCAAGCAUCCAAGAGCAACAUGCAGUAAUUUUCAACGAAGGCGGCAAGUUUGCCAUCGAGCGUGGCAACAGCUCUGGGCGUCUUCUGCGCAAUGGUGAGCCAGUAUCCAGUAAGACGGAGCUCUGCAACAAUGACAGGCUCAUGUUCGGAACCACCCAACUCAUGGUGUUUGUUAAUCCUAAGGAGGCUGGAAGUUCUGAUACAGAGGUGUCUUAUGAAAUGGCCCAGGAGGAGAUUGCGUCAAAUUCUGGCUUUGAUAUGAACACUGAAAACAAAUCUAGAGAUGAUAUGCUCCUACAAGAAGACUUAAUGGAGGUUCUGCCUGCCAUAGAGGAAGCCAACUCCAUCAGUGAAGAACUGGACAAGAAGCUUAAGUUUGAUGCUAUUGUUGUGUCACCAGAGGCAAGAGGGGACAUCAAGGGCAGAAGUGAGGUCAUGAUCAAAGUUACAAAUAUAGAGACAGAAAUUGAGUGGGUCUGGCCAAGGACCAAGUUCUUCAACCGCAAGUAUGUGAUGCAAGAGAUGUAUGAGAACUAUGCUGAGGGAGAAGAUUGGCAACUUCCUGCUGAGAAAGACCCAUUUGAGGAGGACCCCAAUGCAGAAACUCACAUAGGAAGUGUGAAGGCCUGGUUGAAGUCCCUCUCAUAUCAGAUAGAAAUGGAUGAGCAGUUGGAAAUAACUGACUUCAAAGGCACAGAAGUUGGUUUAUUAAAUUUUGAGAUCAGGCCAUGUGACAAGAAGGGCAAAGAAUACACGGAGGCAGAUGAUAUCUUUGUUGAUGAUCCAAAGGCACUCGUUGGACGUGAUGUGUAUUUCAAUGUCAAGAUCACAAAGGCACUAGGGCUUCCGAAGAAAUUCACAGAUGUCUAUGCCAAGUUCCUGAUGUAUGUUGAUGAUGAGCCAACUUGUACUAAAAAAAUAGCAGACACAACCAACCCUGAGUUUAACUUUAAGAAACAAUUUUCUUUUGCUCCAGCAACAAAACAGCUGGUAUCUUACCUAGAGGACAGUGCAAUCAUGAUUCAGAUUUGGGGCAAGCAGAAGCCGUCAAAGGUGAAGAAGAACCUGAACACCAAGCAAACCUUGCACAAGCUGUCAGAGGCAAAGGGCCAGUCAUCCGCAGCCAACACAAAUGUCAAGACGGUUGACCCAGCCAAGGCCAAGUUUAUGAUGGAAGUUGCUAUGUUGAAGAAAAAGCAAGAAAAACUUGAACACAAAAUGGCCCAUAUGCGUAAAAUGGUCCAGAUAGCUGAAGACCACAACAAGCAAAGGAUAUCACUUAAACUCAUCAAAGAAAUCAUGAACUCACAGAUGAUCAAAAUGAGGGGUGAUGAUGAUGAUGGCGGUAGAGGUGGAAGUGGAAAAUCAGAUAAAUCUAAAGCUUGUGUACUUUUAUAGUGACAUCUAUAUUAGAAACCAAUGUGUCUACUUACAUGUGGUGUGUCAUGGAAUCAGAGCCGUCUGCUAUAUCUGAAAGUGUGUGUUCUCCAAAACAACUCUAAAUUUGGCUAACAUUAUAGGACUCAGUGAAUAAAUGAUGAAUUCAAAAAAUAAUACUCAAUAUGGUUAUACAUAAACUUUACAGCUGCAAGAAUGAGUAGGCGGUUUACUCAAUAGAAUUUGGAAAAUAUUUAUUCUGUGAUGUGGAUUAAAAUACUGCAUUUUGUACUUCUCAUAUUUCUCAUAUUCAAAAGCCAUUUUUGAUGAUUGAUUUCCCAAGAAAUAGUACAUAUACUUGUAAUCCUUAAAAAACAUUUAAAAAUUAUUUCAUCCAGGUUCUUCUGGAUUUAGAAGCCAAGUUGUAUGUCAACCAGGUAAAUACUUGACUCAUAACAUUUGUUUUUAUAUGAUGUUAUAUUAUAUAUAUAUAUAUAUAUGUAACAACCAAUGAUGAUAUUAUAUAUCCUUUCUGCUAUUUUUAUUUACAACAUUUUCUGCAACUAUUUUUGUAUUUUUACAAAUUGUUCACUAUGAAUUUAGAUUUUGUUAUUCAAUAUUCUGUUUUAUACGACUCUGUGAUAUUACUUCCAAAAAUGCAGUUCUUUACAUGAAUUUAUUUACAACUUGGAUGAACUCCAUCCUAUAUUAUACAACAAUGUGAUUGUUUGGUAGCACAGGGUAUAUCAAGUAAGUCUGUGACAUACUAAGUACAUGUUAUCAGUUGUGUAUUAUUUCACAAAUACACAAAACUAGAAUGUCUGUUAUAAGAGGAAGAGUUCUUAUAAUGACUGACAGAUACAUAGAGUUCAUAGAGCCAGUAUAUCUUGCAUUUUUAUAUUUUCUCGAAUAUGUUUCUUUUUUAUUCAAAACAUUGAGUAUUAAUGUUGAUUUCUAACACAUAUUAGUUUAUGUCCUGCAUUGUCUAUGAAGUACAAAAAAACGUGCAAUAAUAUUUCAGAUUUUAGAAUUGUGCCUUUAUAGAUCCAAGAAAUGCAAACUCGUGAAAUAGUUUAGACAAUACAAAUAAAGAUGCAGUUACUUUCGUAUUUGGAUAUCAGUGGGACACUUUGGCUAUUAUCCUUCGGGUUUAAAUGUCAAAUUGUGAAUUUUUAACAGUGUUCCCGAAUGAUUUUGAAUGACUGACUUUCACAUUUUGUAUUUGUCAAAUCUUAGAUGUUCCUUUGUCUGCAUUUUUGUACUUCUUCUUUGUGAUCAUUGGGCAGUUCCCACUCAAAAAAGCCAAUUUAUCUAAUUCAGUGAUAAAUCUAAGCUUAUCGAAGCUCAGUCUGUGAUAUUGUAUAAAAACGAUUGAACCUUUUAUAAUAAAAAUGUAAAAACUAAAAAUAAAUAGUGUGUGACAGUCUGUGAAGCUUUAUUACAAUUAUGCAGUUCUUAACAUUCAUUUUUACAAGUGUUAUGUUAUGUAUUACGAUGUCUUGUUGUAAUAAUACAGUACCUUUAAAUAAUGAAACCUACCAGACAUUAUUUCAAAGAUACAUAACUGUAUACAUGUACAUAAAUAUUUUAUUAUUCUCUGACCUGUAUUGUACAGCAUAUGUAUUAUAUGUAGCAUAUGUAUUGUUCUGCAGUGUUAGCAUGGAAUUGAGUUUUAGCGAACACAUUCCCACCAAAUAAAAACCAACAUAUCAAGUUGUGAAUAUUUUUUCUGUAAUAUAUAAAUGAAUAAUCCGUCCAUAUUGCAUAAUAUGUAAACAGAUUACUUUUGUAAAAAAUGUAUAUAAAUAUCUUUGUAAAUAAACUUACUCAAA